AGAACUUUUUUUCUUACACUGUACAUUGGUGUCAGUUUAAAUCAUUAAAUUUUGGUGUCUAUGCUCCAGGACUAUUCUUUUAUUAUUCAUAUUUAUUAUAUAAUGAAUAUAUUUUGUCAGGCGCAUUAUAUCAUUAAUAAAUAUCGUCAACACUUGUUCGGAUUAUUUUGUAAAAUUUGUUUUCAUAACGAAAAAAAUAAAUAGUAAUUUAAAUACUUCCAUUAUUUUUAUAUUUUUACAAUUAAACAAAAUAAUUGAACUUAUUUGAUAGUCGUAUUGUUUGAAGUUUUCAAAAAAAUUUUAUUAUAAUUUAAAAUUUAAAAGUAAACAAAGUGGUUGCUACGAAAUUAUUGUACAGGAGGAGUUAUAUAUAAAUAAAGUAAAAUUCGAUGGCGUACGACGAAUCUGCAACUACAAUGAAAAGACAAAAUGUGCGAACUUUAUCAUUAGUAGUAUGUACAUUUACAUAUUUAUUAAUUGGAGCUGCUGUUUUUGAUGCACUUGAAUCUGAUACUGAACGUAGACGCUGGGAAUUUCUUUCAGAAAUAAGACGUAAUAUGAUGAGGAAAUAUAAUAUAUCUCAGGAAGAUUAUCGUAUGGUUGAAAUUGUUAUUAUUGAAAAUAAACCACAUAAAGCUGGUCCUCAAUGGAAAUUUGCUGGUGCAUUUUAUUUUGCAACUCUAGUACUUGCUAUGAUUGGAUAUGGUCAUUCGACUCCAGUAACUAUUUGGGGAAAAGCAUUUUGUAUGAUUUAUGCUAUGGUCGGGAUUCCUUUGGGUUUAGUAAUGUUUCAAAGUAUAGGUGAACGUUUGAAUAAAGGUGCCUCAGUUGUUAUAAGAAAAAUAAAAAUAUAUUUUAAAUGUAAUAAAACGGAAGCUACGGAAAUGAAUUUAAUGUUCGUUACUGGACUGUUAUCAUGUGUAAUUAUAACAACAGGUGCUGCUGUUUUUUCUCGAUAUGAAGGCUGGAGUUAUUUCGAUAGCUUCUAUUACUGCUUUGUUACCCUGACUACUAUCGGAUUUGGUGAUUAUGUUGCGCUACAGAAUGAUCAAGCGUUAUUAACAAAACCAGGAUACGUAAUUUUAAGUUUGGUCUUUAUUUUAUUUGGAUUAGCAGUUGUAGCUGCCAGUAUUAAUUUACUUGUUUUACGUUUUAUGACAAUGAACGCAGAAGACGUUCGUCGAGAUGACAAUGAACUACAAGCAGCAUCACAUCACGUAUUAACACUAGAUGGUGAAGUUGUAGCGGUUAAUGGAAAAAUUUUGUCUGGCCAUGUUCCAAUGUUACAUGAUACCGAUGAUUGUGUGAGUGUUUGUUCUUGUACUUGUCUUGGUACAACAAAUACUGAACUUUUUGACUCAUCGGGUUACCAAGGCUAUCGACCACCCUCAAGUACUGCAAGUCUUCGUAUUAAACGGGCAUCUGUUUGAUGGAAAAAGUUUCGUCGGCGCCCUAGCGGAUCGCUAUUUACUAAGUAUACACCAAAUAUACACGGUGUAUACGCGGCGUAUAUACACUGAGUAUACACCAAGUUUACACCAAAAAUUUUUUUUUCAAGUCCCAAUUUCAUAAAAAUUUCUAAGUGCUGUAAGUAAAGUAACAAAAUUUGCGAAGUGGGCACUUCAUGAAUGCGAGGUGGAUGAUUUUCAGUUGAUUUAGUCCCCACUGAGUGAAUUUUUUUUUAUUGAAUAAAAACAAAAAAACAGUUAUUACUCAAGUUUAUUUGCAAAAUUUUAUUUUUUAUUUACUUUUCGCUGAGAAAAUUGAAAAUUUUAGAAAAUCGGAAAGUUAUUGGUUUUACCCCGUUUUUCGAAAAUCGAGUUUUCAUCAGAUCUCGACGUUUUGAGGUCUUAGGAAGCUUCUCCGACCGUUUUUACGAUGGUGCCUGUAUGACUUUAUGUAUGUAUGUAUGUGUAUGUUUUUUUUUAAUUUUCCUGAAAAUUUUAAUUUUUUUGAAAAUAUUAAUUUUUUUCAAAAUUUGAUUUUUUUUUCAAUUUUUUUAAAAAAAAAUUUUCUUCACAACUUUUGUUCUGAGGACUUAAAAAAUUUUUUUAGUGUGUACCCGGUGUAAACUCUGUGUAUAUCAUGCGCAUAUACACCGUGUAAAUUUAGUGUAAACUUUGAGUGUAUUUGGUGUAUACUCAAUAUGCACCGAGUAUACACUAAAUAAAUCUUUAAUUUACACUGACACUAAGUAUAUAUCGAGUUUACACUAAGUUUACACGGUGUAUACGGAUCCGCUAGGGCGUAGUCUACUUCGUCGAUUAACGGAAGUUGAUAAUGAUCAUAAAGAACUUCUUGAUAUUUCUGGAUAAAAAUAAUUAUUCAGAGUAAAAGUGCGUGUAUAAAUAUUUAUAAAAAAGUUUUUUUUUAGUUUUUUAUUUUAUAUUAUAAAAAGUGUAAGUGUACUUAACGUCAUGAUGCUUUUCAAUGAAAGAGUGAUAAUAACGACAUAUUAGCUCUAAUUGAUUUAUCGUUAAAAAAUUCUUUGAAUCAUUGUUAGUAUCGAUCGAGACUUGAUUUAAUAUUAAACGGGUCAAUAUUAAUUUAUAAUGGCUGAUAAAAUUAAAAAUAAUUUAUCAUCAUCAUCUAUUUUUUCGGAUAAAUUUAAUACCGGAUUAUAUAAUUAUCGGUGUGAAUUUAAAUCUGGAUUUAAUCAUAAUCGAAAUGAUGUUCAUACAGAUCUUCUUAAAAUUGUCAGUCAGAUUGAUUCAUUAACUGAAGUAAACAAUAAUUUUGAAGCUGAUAAUUGUACAGAAAAACUAGAAGUACCGUAUCUUCAAUCAAUAAAAAAAGAUGGAACUAAAAAAAUAGUAACAGCGGAAGAAUUACUGGCUAUGAAGUUAAUGGUAGAAAAUAAUGAAAACUUGCCAUAUCAAUAUGAACUCGUUGAUACAAAUUUUCAUGAAAGAAUAAUUCCGAAUCCUCAACUAAAGGGAUAUUUAUUAAUUAAAAAUCCUAAGAAGCAUAUAAUUAAUAUUAAACAGAGAUUUCCACCAGCUUACUCUACUUAUUACUUUCCUACUACAGAAGAAAAUAAUAAGGGGAAUUAGUAAUGUCGCAGACUAAUCUAUUAAUUUAUUAAAUUAUAACAAAAAAAUAUUAAAUAAUUUAUAAUUUAUAAUAAACUCGUUAUAAAUCAUGUGAAAUUUAGUGAAAUCUUAUAAUUAUAUUUUAUAUAACGUAUGACAAUAAUAAUUAUCAUAUAAAUAUUUUUAUAAAAUGAAAAUGAUUUUAUUAAUAACUGCACGUAUUUUUAUUUAUUUAAUUAAUUAUAUAAAAUGUAUUAAAAUAACUUAUUUCUUCUUAAUAUUUAGUUAUUUAAGUAAAAAAUAAAUA